UUGACGCCCUCUACGUUCGUUGAUAUCGCCGAUAUGAUAAUAAAUACGACCCCCAUAGCAACAGGCCGCGGACAAGUCAGCUGGACAAAUUAGCCUGGAAAUCGAGGACGAAGCACGAUUAAUUUGGUGUGAGCGAAGUGAAGGAGUGGACUGCCGAGGCGUUGCCGUAGAUCUUGGCCGGUGUUACCGUACCCUGCCUGUGAGUGUGACUGUGAGCAGUGUCGGUGACUGGAUAGCUGGAAUCCCUGAUUGUGAAUCUAGCUAGGACUAAGUACAGAAGUCAGAUCAGUUGAAGUUGUGCAGUUCAUACAAAAAAUACUUGAUUGAAGUUAAUAAUGGAUGAAACUCAAACUCAAAAUAAUGAAGGAACUCCCAAAACGGGAACCCCCAAACCACAGACUCCAACAGGAACAGCAGUUGCAACUCCACCAAACAUGGCUGUGAAUUUGACUCCCAAAGAAGAGGCAUUGGUGAAUGCAAAGGCCUACUUACUGAAAGCAAGCAACAAAUCAAAUCUCAAUUUAUAUGAUCACCUCAGCAGAAUACUGACAAAGGUUCUAGAUGAGAGACCAGAAAAUGUAGUAGAUGUAUUUGAGGACAUCAGUAAGAAUGUGAAGAAAUCAAAGUUCACAUCCACAUCCGACACAAUCCUAGAUAAGGUAGACAAAACCGCAGAAGUACAACUAGGGGAAACACAGAGGAUUCUCUUUGAGAGAAAUCAAGAAGAAGCUGAACAUGAUGGAGGCGAAGACGAAGUUGAGACCCCAUUGCCAAAUCUCCCAGAGCUUAUGUAUCACUUUGAACAAGCAGGAGUUGGUGUUAGCCGAGAGGAGAUGAUGAGGAUCUACCUAGCCCUCAAACAGCUGGUCGACAACUACCCUCUCCAGUCUUGCCGAUUCUGGGGAAAGAUCUUCGGUACCGAGAAGAACUAUAUCGUAGCUGAGGUGGAAUAUAGGGAAGGGGAGGAGGAAGAAGAGGAAGAAGAAGAGGAGCAUGAGCCAGCAGAGGAGCCUGACACAGAGAAGGAUGAUGAGGAAGAAGGAGAGGAGCAAGAAGAGGAUAUUCUUCCCAAACCCGACUUCAAACCACCUCCAGUCAUCCCACGUGAGGAGAACAGGACAGGAAUCAACAAGAAGACAUUCUUCGUCUGCAAUGAACCUGGUCAGCCGUGGGUCAAGCUACCUCCCAUCACUCCUCUCCAGAUCAGUGUGGCCAGGCAGAUCAAGAAAUUCUUCACCGGGCGUCUAGACCAACAGAUUAUUAGUUAUCCACCAUUCAAUGGUACAGAGUCGAACUACCUGAGGGCUCAGAUAGCCAGAGUCUCGGCAGGCACCCACAUCAGCCCUCUUGGUUUCUAUCAGUUUGAUGAGGAGGAGGAAGAAGAGGAAGAGGACGGAAACCGUGAUAGCUUCAUCGAGAGUCCCGACUUUGAAGGCAUCCCAGUGAAGGAUCUUGUAGACCCAUCUAUGGCUAACUGGGUACAUCAUGUACAACACAUUCUGCCUCAGGGUCGAUGCUCGUGGUUCAAUCCAGUGCAGCAACAGGAGGAUGACUUUGAAGAUGAAGAUGAGGAAGAGGAGAGAGAAGAACCCGAUGAACCGGAACCAGAGGUUGGACCUCCUCUUCUCACGCCCCUCUCUGAGGACGUUGAAAUUGACACCGUGCCGGCGUGGAGCGCUCGCUUAUCUUCCACUUUGGUGCCUCAGUAUGCUAUUGCCAUCAUCCAGUCAAACCUAUGGCCUGGUGCCUAUGCCUUCGGAACAGAGAAGAAAUUUGAGAAUGUGUACAUCGGCUGGGGCCACAAGUACUCUCCGGACAACUACAGCCCACCCCCACCGCCCCCCGUCCAGGAGGAAUUCCCCAGUGGACCGGAGAUCACAGAGGCAGAGGACCCCACCCCGGAGGAGGAAGCAGCCCUCAGAGCGGCCCAGCAGGAAGCCAUGGAAGCAGCAGAGGAGAUGGAGGAUGAGGAGGAGGAGGAUGGCGAAGAUGAUUAGGAAGGAUGUGUUCAUUAGUUUUAUUGAAGGGUUUCGGAACAGAGGGGUGAUAGGAUUGCAGCAUCGGGGAGGAUUUGUAAAAAAAAAAGUUACCUUGAUUGUUGAUGCUUGAAGCUCACAAAAUCCCAGAAAUAUUAGAAAAACUGAUAUUGAAAACCAAAACGAAGGAUAAGUUUCCAGUCACUUUUAGGUAAAUUCCUGACAUAACAGCAUGUCAAUGUCAUUUCCAUCAAAUGAUCGACCAUUUGGUAUGUCCGAUCCCGUUUUCUCCAUUCUUACUUCUCUGUGUGAUCUGCCCAAGCCAUUAUAAUUUGGAAGCACUUCAAUUUUUCAUAUGUAAGUUGAACAAAUACCCCAACAUUUCAGGUUUUACAUACUUAAUGGGAUACCCUUCAAGUGGAGGGGAAAACGGUGUGGUUAUACUACACAAUACGAUCUGAACUGCUUGUUAUAUAUGAUGUUCUAGCACUGUGGUCAACCUCACACCGUUUAAAGGUUCUUAAAGAGCUGUCAUCGAGUAUUUCGGGGAAGGGGUUUCUCCAAUAUAUCAUUUUUUUGUGAUCAAGUUGUGUCUUUAAGAAGGUAACUUCUGUAUUAUAUCUUUAUGAUGCUUAAUCCAACUGAAUAUUCAGAAUCAUGCAUAGAUUCACAAUAUGGGUUCUAAAUUUGUGCUACCUGCUAUGCAACCAACAUGCUACAUUACCUAGCAUUCAUUACAGUACUUUGGGCCGCAUAUCUUCCAAUUAAGCUUUUCUCCAAUUCAGGCUUUGUACAGUGAACUGCAGGUAGUGGAAUAUCAAUCAAAAAGCCAUCCUACAUGUAUGAGUCUUUCUCAUGCCAACUCACCCUGUUGGCAUGAGAAGUUUGACGGUCAGAAUCUCAAUGUAAUCCCAUUUCGUCUCAUGGGGCAAUAAUGAAAAUCGAAAGCAGAAAAGACGGCAAACUCCAGCCAACUCAACCCAACCAGAUACAGGGUUAUCAUAUUGUCUCCUAAGAGUUCAACAUUUGUCCCGUCGAAUUGUAUGAUAAAUUCCAAAGUAUUGAUCCGUUUAGCAUUACAGGUAGCACAAAUUAUGAAAGCACACCACACAAGCAAUCUAACGUAAAGCUAAUGCUGUUCCUUCUGUAAAUAUACCAAUAACUUUCUUGUGACUUGAUCGUUGUAAAUAUGUAACUUAUUUUUAUCACACCAGAAUUUAUCAAGUUUGAGUAUGGACGUCCACAUAAAAGUGAUGAUUUCAUUUUAUAAGUACUUUUGUAAGAAGUUGUACAUUUGGUUCAUGUUUUUCAUAUAUCUUUGUUCAGGUUAUACAAUGUACAUUCCGUGUUAUAACCUGUUAGCAGCAGUGUAUCUUGUUUGCAAGUAUGCAGUUCAACAAUAAACACUUUCACCUAUGAAAAUA